CAUUCGAAACAAGCGUAAGAUCGAUGUCGAUCAGUUGGGAACAGCAGGAUUUGUUUGUUUCCUCGGACAGAUCCGCCGUGAACAUUGAAGGUGCGAGUAAUGUCCAGCAGCGUUAUCCCAUACGAAUUGCGCGAUUCCCAGCCGCCAAUGGAAUUAGAGAACUGCUCGUACGCAAAGGUGAAGGAGGCAAAAUUGGUGUUACCGGAAGGCGCAUACACGAAGGCAAGAUUCUCAUCUGUGGCGUCACUCGAAGAAGUCCUGCAUAUAUGGCAGGCCUUCGGUACGGGGAUGAAAUAUUGUGUCUAGAAAAUGAAUUACUUUCCGCGUUGGAGCUAGAUCGUGUGCGUGAUUUGGUCCGGAAGAAUCUGCGUAAUAGUAUAAGGUUACGCACCAAAGACAAACCAGAUGAACGGUACGUGACAAUUGCGAGAGAUGUGCAGAAAGGUUUCGGGUUCCGGUUUAUGAAUGGAGAAAUCACCUUUGUCCGGAAAAACACCGCGGCAGAACGACGAGGUCUGGAACGAAGGCUCCAAAUCAUAGAGGUCAACGAGGAGGUUGUCGUUGGGAUGCAGGAUGAAGAUAUUGAAGCGAUCAUCAAUGCCAAGGAUGAUGUGGUCACCCUAUGUGUAGUACCGGUGAAAGUGUACCGACAACUGUUCAGCAGGUUAUAUCCAACCGAAAGCGAUGCGCUCACGUACGUUGAAUUAUAAAUCGGUACAGCGUCUUAACUUUAGGAUAUUACCAUAGCGCGCUCUCC